AUGACGCUCACACAGCACAGGCUAUCACUGGCUGUGACAGUCCUGGAAAAUAUGACCAUGACCAGUCUGGUGAGACAGAAUCUGGAAACUUUCUCAAUUCUCCAGACGGACCUGUCCAAAUGUGAGAUGAAAAAUUCCCCAAAGGUGGAGGCAUGCCUGCGUCACAUGGCCACAUACACAGAGACGGUGUCUGCAGAAUGUCUACAGGAAGAUGUCCUGCUGAACCUGGUCUGGCUCUUGCAUGAGGACCUAUCUUCCCUGAUUCAUGGGAAGCCACAAGAGAUGAAGCCACGGACAAAGGAUUCUCAGCGCCACAAGAAAAGACCUGUUCACAAGAAACACAAAGGACAAGGAAAACAUAAGAAAAAGGCACGAAAAGCCAACUCUCGGCCAUUAUGACAACUCUACAUUCCCCCACAUUACUGCUGAUAUCUCUGGAAAAGGAUAAAGGGGGAUAACCUGAGGCUGUGCUUCAUUACCACUGGA